UUGUUCUGUAGAAAGACACAAGGGAUGGUGUCAGUCCUGGGUGUAAAGUGCAGCCCCAGCCUUCUCGGAAGUCUCCCCCCGCCUCCUCUUUCCUGUAACAGCAGCUUCUAAUUGAUAGUAAUGGGGAAGUUACACUCAGCUUGGGGAAUUACUGGCAGAGCUCGGAGCACUUCUCAUUCAUUAAGCCAUGUGUCCAAUCUACCUGCUGCUGCUGCUUCUCUCCCUCUUCAUUACAGUGUUUGGAAGAGUUCCCAGGCCACAGAAUGUCCGGAUGGAUUCAGUGAAUUUCAUGAACAUCCUGCACUGGGAUCCUCCCGCCACUAAUGGAAGCGCAGCCUACACUUACACAGCGGAAAAUAAAAUCAGUUGGGUGUCAGAUGAAUGAUCAGGGCCGGAUUUCCCUGUUCGCUGCCCCGAGACCUCCAGGUCCUAGCGCCGCCAGCCGCACGUACAUCUGCCCACCAACGAAUGUCCAAAGAGCAACAAAAUACAAUACAAUCUGCCAGACUAACGAUACGCAUUGUGAUUUAUCGGUUAUUAAUUACAAGUCCAUAGUGCGGGUGAGAGCUGAGCUUAACGGCAGCAUUUCUAAAUGGGUGAUGAUUUCCUUUAAUCCCUACCCACAGACUGUUAUCACUGCCCCGGAAGUAAAAGUGGCCUCACGGGCUGGAGACCUGGAUGUGAGCUUUUUUGGCCCCAUGAGAGGAUCUGACGGCACGUCACUGAGGGACAUAUAUGGGAGUUUCAAAUAUAAACUGUUAUACUGGAGACAGAGCGAGCCUUCAGUUGUCACCAGCAUGGACUCUUUACAGAACUUUGAAACUUUGGCCAACCUAGACAAAUGGACAGACUACUGCAUAAGAGUCCAGGCCUAUGCCCCCGAUUAUAACAAUACUGGAGAAUUAAGCCAAGCCAUUUGUGAGAAAACCACUAAUGAUGGUUUUAUUCCAGGGUGGAAGAUUUCUCUUGCCUUCUUAAUCCCCCUAUGCCUAUCCCCAGUGAUCAUUGUUGGAUUGUUUUAUUUAGGCUCCAGGAUAAAUAAAGUAGCUAAAUAUCUGUUUGUCCCUAAAUACUCCUUCCCAGAGCAUCUGAAAGAGUACCUAAGCCAGCCUUUCUACAGCCCUCCACACCUGACUCAGGGCCCCGAUGAUGGAGGCGACCCAUGUGGAACACUGACUUUGGUGUCGGAGGAGAAUCUGGAAGUGUAACUGCAGCCUCGGCUUUUCCCUAUUUGCACUUGUGUGUUUGCUGAACCACAACAGACGCACCUUAACUCAGGAAUGUGUUCAUGUGUAACGAGUAUGAAUUGUGACGCACAGUGUGUGCACAUUAUAUUUAUAUAAAAGGGCACUGGUAUAUGGAAUUACUGGAACCUGGAGACCUUUUCUCAAUAUAACAGGACCUGGUGCUCAUGAAGAAUUGUUAAAUGCAUUGUGGGUAAGAACAUUGGCAGUUUUUUGCAUGAUCCCAAAUCUUUUCACUGUAUACACAGUGUGGGACUGGUAUCCCAGGGUACCGGAGAAGCUCCCAGUUGGCCCCAGCCCAGGGGAAGUCCCAUCAGCCCAUUCUUAUUUCCACCAUGGGCCUAUAUUUAAAGGAGAAGGAAAGGUCCAAUCAAUGGGGGGUGCCAAAUGUUAGGGCACUCCCCAAGUCUUGGAAUCACUUACCUGAUACCCCAGGCUGGUGCUCCUGCUGGCAGAAAACUGCACUGUUCCAGGGACCUCUUCUCCCAUUAUUUCUUUGUAUGGUCACGCAUGCAGGGUUAAGAAUUGGACUUAAGCAAAAAAAGCCGGUUACUGUGCAUGCAUCGCCUAUGGGAUUUUGAAGACAUUGGAAGGGAGGAACAGGAUCACUUGCUCUCUAGUGCCCCAGGCCGGUGUAGUUUUCUGCUAACAGGAGCACUGGCCUAGGGUAUCAGGUAACUCAUUACAAUCCCUGGGGGUGCCCUAACAUUUAGAACCCCCAAUCCAAUGGACCUUUCCUUCUUUAAACCUAUAGCAUCUGGAACUGUCUAUAGCUAAUUGCAGUCAGAGUGGCCCCAGGGUCUCUGGUGGGCCCUAGGAAUAAGUCUAUAGUUAACUCUAAAGUUGAGUAUGUCAGCUUCAUAAGAACAAGGUUUGCCAGAAAAGUAAUUUGGACCUUGUUGCUAAAAAAAAAAAAACCAACGCCGUGAAACCAUUAUCCACCUUAUUGUACAGGACAUGUCUGAUAGGCCCAGGCCGUAUCCCAGCUAUCUAUAACACGGCCACUAUUAGUGCAUUCUGCAGCCACUGAAACCUGUACAUCCCACUGGGUUCUUAAGGGCCACAUUAUGUGAUGCUGCCUGAUGCUGCUUCUUGACCCAGAUUGCUUGCCAUACACUUGACAUGAAAGGUCAUCCACCACUACUUUUCCCUGUUUACCCAUAAAAGCCUGAGGGGCACAUGUUCCAGCGCACUGGCCCACAGCAACCAAUCAGCUAUUUCCUUUGAUCAGUCUACUGCAGGCAGAAUACUGUGAGCAAAUACCUGAUUGGCUAAGAAAACACAAGGCAGAAGAAAGUAAGAGCAGGAGAAUCAUAUCAGUAAUCUAUUGCUAUUCCUUUGAAGAUUCCUAUUGGAAUAAAGACAUAAAGGCCUUUGGUAAUCGAUAUUAUAUAAAUAAUAUUACAUAUGUGAAUCGUACUUAUGGGUAACAAUAAUGCAGAAUUUUUUAUUUAGAAUCUUUCUGUUUUUUAUGGUUUCUAUUUAACUGGGAUUGAGAAUAUUUAAGAGAACUUUGUAUGUUCAUUUGAUCCAGAAGUCAGUUUUUUUAGUUCACUUUUACGACUAAUGCUUCUAUGAACUCUUGAAAAAAAAAAACCCACAAAAAGUAGGACUCCUUGAAAUAAAAGGUGUUUAAAACCAUUCCAAAAACUACACAACAGUAUAAAGCAAGACCAAAUGCUAUUUAGGCCAUGGAAGUGCAAGGUAACUGCCGUUAUCCUAAUACUUGAGGUUUAUUCAGUGGAUAUAUAUUUAUAAUACACAAAAGCCAUGGAUAUCUUGUAAUUUAUAUCCUUAUAAACAGUGAGUAGUGAUGUCAUCAGUUAUAAACGGUGAGUAGUGAUGUAAUUUCAGUCACAUGACUCACUGAAUUAUGUGUAUUAUAAUAAAUAAAGUCCCCCCUGUUUCAAAAUAUGAGGAUAUUAUAAGUUAUCUCGGUGUAUAUAUAUAUAUAUACAUAUAUAUAUAUAUAUCUUUACUGUGUAUACUUUGUCUCUAGUGUCAUAGGUACUGUGCCUUUAUUUAUUUAUCUUUUUAUUUAAUUUGUCUCUGAUGUCAUAGGAACUGUGCCUUUAUAUAUAUUUAUCUUUAUAUACUUUGUCUCUGAUGUCAUAGGUACUGUGCCUUUAUAAAUAUAUCUAUAUAUACUUUGUCUCUGAUGUCAUAGGUACUGGGCAUUUAUAUAUAUUUAUCUUUAUAUUCUUUGUCUCUAGUGUCAUAGAUACUGUGCCUUUAUUUAUUUAUCUUUUUAUUUACUUUGUCUCUGAUGUCAUAGGAACUGUGCCUUUAUAUAUCUAUCUUUAUAUUCUUUGUCUCAGAUGUCAUAGGUACUGUGCCUUUAUAUAUAUAUUUAUCUUUAUAUUCUUUGUCUCUGAUGUCAUAGGUACUGUGCCUUUAUAAAUAUAUCUAUAUAUACUUUCUCUCAGAUGUCAUAGGUACUGGGCAUUUAUAUAUAUUUAUCUUUAUAUUCUUUGUCUCUGAUGUCAUAGGUACUGUGUGUAUAUAUAUAUAUAUAUAUAUAUAUAUAUAUUUAUCUUUACUAUAUAUACUUUGUCUCUGAUGUCAUAGGUACUGUGCCUUUAUAAAUAUAUCUAUAUAUACUUUGUCUCUGAUGUCAUAGGUACUGGCCAUUCAUAUAUAUUUAUCUUUAUAUUCUUUGUCUCUGAUGUCAUAGGUACUGUGCCUUUAUAAAUAUAUCUUUAUAUACUUUGUCUCUGAUGUCAUAGGUACUGUGCCUUUAUAUAUAUUUAUCUUUAUAUACUUUUUUUUCUGAUGUCAUAGGUCAUGCGCCUUUAUAUGGUCAUCUGUGAAUACCUCAAUUAUGCCUUUAUUUAUGAGUGGGGUGCAUUUUCUCCUGCACAGGGUACAUGAAUUAUUCAACGGCACACGUUAUGUUGAAAACCCAAUUCACUACCGUAUGUUUACCGACUAGGUGCUCUCUCUAAUCUGACCUGCUAAUAAACACCAUUAUUAUGUU